AUGAAUUCUAUAAAAUCACAUAUAUUAAGAUCAUCAAAACGUUACAUAUCGGCAUCGAGCAAAAGAUUAGCUGAAGUUGAAGUUACCGUUGAUGGAAGAAAAGUAUCCAUCGAAGCUGGAUCUUCAAUCAUUCAAGCUGCCGAAUUGGCAGGAGUAACCAUUCCUCGUUAUUGUUAUCAUGAUAAAUUAGCCAUUGCUGGUAAUUGUCGUAUGUGUUUAGUUGAUGUUGAAAGAAUGCCAAAAUUAAUUGCUUCAUGUGCUAUGCCAGUACAAAAUGGUAUGGUUGUUCAUACUGAUUCAGAAAGAAUCAAAAAAGCUAGAGAAGGGGUCACCGAAAUGCUAUUAGAAAAUCAUCCAUUAGAUUGUCCUGUUUGUGAUCAAGGUGGAGAAUGUGAUUUACAAGAACAAUCACAAAGAUAUGGUUCUGAUCGUGGUAGAUUCCAUGAAGUCGUUGGUAAAAGAGCCGUUGAAAAUAAAGCUAUUGGUCCAUUAGUGAAAACUUCCAUGAAUAGAUGUAUUCAUUGUACUAGAUGUGUUAGAUUUAUGAAUGAUGUUGCUGGUGCUCCAGAAUUUGGUACUGCGGGUAGAGGUAAUGAUAUGCAAAUUGGUACUUAUAUUGAAAGAAAUAUCAAUUCAGAAAUGUCAGGUAAUAUUAUUGAUUUAUGUCCUGUUGGUGCCUUGACUUCAAAACCUUAUGCUUUUAGAGCUAGACCUUGGGAAUUGAAAAGAACUGAAACCAUUGAUGUUUUAGACGCUGUUGGUUCUAAUAUUAGAGUCGAUACUAGAGGUAUUGAAGUCAUGAGAGUUUUACCAAGAUUGAAUGAUGACGUCAAUGAAGAAUGGAUCUCUGAUAAAACCAGAUUUGCCUGUGAUGGGUUAAAGACUCAACGUUUGACUACACCAUUGAUUAGAAAUGGUGAUAAAUUUGAAACUGCCACUUGGGAUGAAGCAUUAUCUACUAUUGCUGCUGCAUAUUCUAAAAUCAAUCCACAAAAUGGUGAAUUAAAAGCCAUUGCUGGUGCCUUGGUUGAUGCUGAAUCAUUAGUAUCUUUGAAAGAUUUGGUCAAUAAAUUAGGUUCAGAAAAUGUUACUACUGAUGUUAAACAAAGUGUUAAUGCUCAUGGAUUUGAUAUUAGAUCCAAUUAUAUUUUCAAUUCUACUAUAGAUGGCAUUGAAGAUGCUGAUCAAAUUUUAUUGGUUGGUACUAAUCCAAGAUUUGAAGCUGCUGUAUUAAACACUAGAAUCAGAAAAGUAUGGUUAAGAUCUAAUUUAGAAAUCAGUUCUGUGGGUCAAGAUUUCAAUUCUACAUUUGAUGUUACCAAUUUAGGAGAAGAUGCCAAGGCAUUAGAAUCAGCAUUACAAGGAUCCGUUGGUGAAAAAUUGGGUCAAGCCAAAAAACCAUUGAUUAUUGUUGGAUCCGGUGUUGCUGAAUCUAAAGAUUCUGAAGCCAUAUAUAAAUUAGUCGGUGAAUUUGCUUCUAAACAUGAAAAUUUCAAUUCUGGUGAAUGGAAUGGUGUUAAUUUAUUACAUCGCGAAGCUUCAAGGGUUGCUGCUUUGGAUCUUGGAUUUAAUACAUUGGUUGAAGAUUCUACUAAAGCCAAAUUUAUUUAUUUGUUAGGAGCUGAUGAAAUAACCAAUAAAGAUAUUCCAAAGGAUGCAUUUGUGGUAUAUCAAGGCCAUCAUGGUGAUUUAGGUGCAUCAUUUGCCGAUGUUAUUUUACCAGGGUCAGCAUACACGGAAAAAUCCGGUACUUAUGUCAAUACUGAAGGUAGAGUACAAGCCACUAGAGCUGCCACAAAUCCACCUGGUGUUGCUCGUGAAGAUUGGAAAAUUAUAAGAGCAUUAUCAGAAUAUUUGAAUGCCAAAUUACCAUAUGAUGAUAUUUAUUCAGUAAGAUUGAGAUUAGGAGAAAUUGCUCCACAUUUGGUUAGACAUGAUGUUAUUGAACCCGUAUCUCAAGAAAUAGCCAAGAUUGGUUUCAAUGAUUUAGUGAAUAAAAAUAAAUCUGCCACUAUAUUUGAAGAGCCAUUAAAGAAUCCAAUUGAUAACUUUUAUUUCACUGAUGUUAUUUCAAGAUCUUCACCAACUAUGGCUAAAUGUAUUUCUACAUUUGGUGCUAAAAUAGAAAAAGUUAAAGAUGAAAAACCCGAUAUCAACUUCUAA